AGCCAAAUCAACGUCGGUGACCCGACGCGUCUUCGACCGUUAUAAAAAUAUUACAACAAGUUGUAUAUGAAUAUGUACCUAAAUGUUUAUGUUUAGAUUACCUACUAUUCUAAUUAUAUGUCAAUUUUGUAUGUAGUGAAAUAUUUAGUAGAAUAUCUAUUUUAAUUAGGUCAUUGUGUUAGUGAAUUUAGUAUAAAAGUUUUGGAGACAUUUUUAGCGGUUCAUUGAAGAUGUAUAUGGAAUAAAUUUGACCGUGGAACAUGGAGACGAGAGCUGAUGAUGACGAAGCGCCAACAGAUCCGGCAGCAAGGAAACACACACAUCAUGACUAUACUGAGCAGGACUUUGAAGGACACCGAGCUCACACCGUCUUUGUGGGUGUCCACGUGCCAGCCCGCCGACACUCACACCGAAAGCACAAGCAUCACCACCGCAAUGGAGAAAAAGAAGCAGACAGACCAGGCCCCGCUAUAAUGGCUCGUGUUAGAAGACUGAGUGUCACCGAUGACGGAGAAACAUUAACACCCCCCGCCCAAAGAGUUCAGUUUAUACUAGGAGAAGAUAUAGAUGAUGCAACACUCGAAUCGCAUCCACUUUUCUCCGAAAUGGAAGAACUAGUCAAAGAAGGAGAUGAACUCGAAUGGAAAGAAACAGCUCGAUGGAUCAAAUUCGAAGAAGAUGUAGAAGAAGGUGGCAAUAGAUGGUCGAAACCUCAUGUGGCUACACUCUCUUUACACUCACUCUUUGAAUUACGAAGUCUAAUUUUAAAUGGAUCAGUAAUUCUGGAUAUUGAAGCCAGUUCCUUAGAGCAAGUGGCAGAUAGCGUUUUAGAUAAUAUGGUUGCUGAUGGCUCUUUAGGAUAUGACUCAAGAGAAAAAGUAAAAGAUGCUUUGUUAAGACGUCACAGACACCAACACGAAAAGCGAAAUCAUAAUAUGUCAAGGCUGCCUCUAAUCCGGUCAUUGGCUGAUAUUGGAAAGAAUCACUCCUCUUCCAAAAACUUCCAGGAGGGUGGCUCUCGACGCUCAAGUGCAAGGAGUUGUCGGGGGUCUACCUCAUCCCCUCACACUGCUCUUCUGGAAGCAACCGACACUAGAGGCUCUUAUCUAGCUGUUCCAGGUCAGCCAAGCGUGAAGAACGUGGAUGAAGGCGGUACUACAACUGGACAUUCCUACAAAGGAGAUUUCACUCGUUUCCUAGGCAUCCCUAAUGCGGGUUCAGCACAUGAUGAAGGCAUGGUUAAAAGUCCAAGUUCCAUAUCAAUGCAUCGGAAUCAUAGUACUGGAGAUCUUGCAAUGAACGGCGAUAUAAAUCACAAGAGUAAUACAAAUUUUAUGCGUAAAAUACCACCGGGAGCAGAGGCUUCGAAUAUUUUAGUGGGAGAAGUUGAUUUUUUAGAAAAAACUCUAUCAGCCUUUGUUAGAUUGAAAACAGGAACAAUAAUGGGUGAUUUGACCGAAGUACCAGUGCCCACCCGAUUUAUGUUUGUUUUACUCGGUCCACCAAAUAGUAACUCUAGUUUUCAUGAAAUUGGUAGAGCAAUGGCUACUUUAAUGUCAGAUGAAAUAUUUCACGAAGUAGCCUAUCGCGCUAAAAAAAGAGAUCAUUUAUUAGCUGGGAUAGAUGAAUUUCUUGAUGCGGUAACAGUUUUACCGCCAGGUGAAUGGGAUCCUGCUAUUCGUAUUGAACCUCCAGCUGCAAUACCUUCUCAAGAUCCUCGAAAACGUCCAAAUGAUAGCAAUCCUAAAGAAGAACCAGAUGAAGAAGAAGAAGAACAAAGACAGAGAGAAGAAUCUGGCUUAGCAAGAAGCGGUAGGCUCUUUGGAGGUUUAAUGAAUGACCUCAAAAGAAAGAAGCCAUGGUAUUGGUCAGAUUUCAAAGACGCAUUAGCACUUCAAUGUAUAGCUUCGUGGAUAUUUCUUUAUUUUGCAUGUUUGUCACCUAUAAUAACAUUUGGAGGCUUAUUAGGUGAAGCCACUGGAAAAAAUAUGGCUGCCAUGGAAUCCUUGGUAUCUGGAUUUGUAUGUGGGAUGGGAUACGGAUUCUUUUCAGGGCAACCCUUGACAGUUUUGGGGUCAACAGGACCAGUACUCGUUUUUGAGACUAUAGUAUUUGAAUUUUGCAAACAAGUCGGAUGGAAUUAUAUGUCAUUUAGAUUUUGUAUCGGUACAUGGAUCACUAUAAUUUUAGUAAUUUUAGUAGCAAUAGACGCAAGUGCAUUUGUUUGUUAUAUAACCAGAUUUACUGAAGAAAAUUUUGCAACUUUGAUCGCAUUUAUUUUCAUUUACAAGGCAGUAGAAAAUGUUAUAUCUAUUGGAAAGAAAUACCCACUUAAGACACGCCCUGACGAAGUGCUCAAUUAUGAGUGCUACUGUUUACCAAGUAAUUAUUCGAACGUGCCCGAACCAUUUAAUUGGACCUCAGUCGAUAAAGAAACUUGCCAAUUAUAUAAUGGAACUUUGGCAGGAGGAGGAUGCGAUACAAAAGUUUAUGUGCCAGACGUUUACCUGAUGUCCAUAAUAUUAUUUUUGGGGACAUUUACAAUAUCAGUAAUUUUAAAAGAUUUUAAAAAUUCUUUAUUUUUCCCAUCGAAGGUGAGGCAAAUCAUUAGUGACUUUUCCGUUAUAAUAGCCAUAUUAUCAAUGUCUUUCUUGGAUUAUAAAGUUGGAGUGAAAACGCCGAAACUAGAGGUACCAUCAGAAUUCAAACCUACUCUCCCUACGAGGAAUUGGGUAAUAACGCCAUUCAGUGGAAAUCCUUUUUGGUCGGCAUUAGUGGCUAUACUACCAGCACUUUUAGGAACUAUUUUAAUAUUCAUGGACCAGCAGAUUACAGCCGUGAUUGUUAAUAGAAAAGAAAAUAAAUUGAAAAAAGGCUGCGGUUACCAUUUGGAUUUAUUUGUAUUGGCAAUUUUGAUACAAAUCUGUUCAGUUAUGGGAUUACCAUGGUUCGUAGCUGCUACUGUCCUAAGUAUUAAUCACGUGAACUCCUUGAAAGUAGAAUCAGAAUGUGCCGCACCUGGUGAAAAACCUCAGUUCUUGGGUGUAAGAGAGCAAAGAGUGACACAUAUCCUAAUAUUCUUAACAAUCGGAUGUUCUGUAGUAUUAACUCCUGUAUUAAGCCACAUACCUAUGCCAGUAUUAUUUGGUGUAUUUCUAUAUAUGGGUGCAGCAUCACUAAAAGGACUUCAAUUUUUUGACAGGAUUUUGAUAAUGUUCAUGCCCCAAAAAUAUCAGCCGGAUCACAUGUUUUUAAGACAGGUACCAAUUCGACGCGUACACAUUUUCACAGCAAUUCAAUUGACAUGUUUAGUCUGUUUGUGGGUAAUAAAAUCAUUCUCCAUGACUUCUAUACUAUUCCCAUUGAUGUUAGUCGUAAUGAUCGGAAUUAGAAAAGCUUUGGAUUGCUUUUUCACUAGACGAGAAUUGAAAAUACUGGAUGAUGUUAUGCCAGAAAUAACAAAGAGGAACCAGGACGAAUUGCGAGAACUGGGAGACGCUGAGGACACCUCAAAGAGCAAUCCGCCACCAUAUCAAGAAAAUCUACAGAUUCCACUAAUCAACGGAAACAUUAUGAAUAUACCACUGGCAUCAAUAAACAUAUCUGAAGAAGUGAACAAAACGGGGAUAUGGAAGCAAGUGAACAAUAGCAAUAAGAGCAAAAAUAAAAGUGACUUGAAAGACCUCAAACCCAAAUCGAUGAAGAAAAAUAACAAACAUAAAAAAAUAUCCAAAACCGCACUGUCGGAAAUCGAGAGGAGACUGUCCACAAUGGAUGAAUUAGAAGAGGAUGAAUCGGUAAAGAGCGAUCUGCUCAGGCGCAAGGAAUCAUGGAGUGGGGGCAUAAAAAAGAGUGACUCUAGAAAAAAUAGCUCGUCAGCUGAAACAUCGGUCUAAAAUAUUGCAACAUAUUAUUUUAUUUUAUAUCUUAUUAAGUUAAAAUAAAUAUCUAUUGUUUUUUCUGUCACAAUAUAAAUUGAUGUGAAUUUAUAUAACACAAUGUGAAAAAGUAAUCAAGGCACUAUUACGUAUAUAUAGAUAUAAAUAUAGUAUUACUGGGUACCUUUUUUAUUUUUGUCUAUACAUAUUUUCUUCUUUAGUGAUUUUUGUGAUAUUUUUUAAAUAGAAUAAUUCCUUACAGAGAUAACUCCGCCCUUCUAUCUAAAU